AUGCAACUUGCGGCGUAUCCCCUAUUAUUCAUCUAUGGUCCCUAUUAUUCAGCUAUAAUACGUCCAUGGGUGCACCUAGUUCUCUUUUCUCAUGUCAGAUGUCAUUGUCAUUUGUCAGAAUUCACACAUUCAGUCAGCAGUACCGGUACGUCAGAUCAUGGACACAAAAGCGGGAACACUGUUUUCUUAUUUUAUUUGUAAAGUUACUUUAUCAAACGUAUUGAAUUAAAAGAAGAGAGCUUCCGAAAAAAUACCUACAUCUUACCUGCUAUAUAAAUCUUUGUUAAAUGUUCGUACUGUAUAAAGUAGUGAAAGGUGAAAUAAAAACAUACAUUUCGACCAGGAACAUCUAGUCAUGGAUAUUAUUGAAACAAUCAAGAAAGACAAAGCGUAUUUAAAAUGCAAACUCAUUGUUAAAAAUUGGGAAAAGGAUUUUAAGUUACAACAUAGCCGGACACCUACUAAGUUCGACAUAAAGGAAGCACCUCCAAAAAUAAAAUAUGCAUAUAAAAAAUAUUUUCAACUCAAGAGCAACGCACUUGAGAAUUCAUUAUCAGUUUGUGAUUUUGAAGAAGAGCCUAUCGUAUCGCCGGAACGUGACAAUUUUGAACAUAUUACUAACGAAUCUGUAAGUCCUCAGCCUAAACUUCCAGCAUUACCAAGUGGUCAAGAAUUGGAGAAAUUACUAUCAAAUUCAGAUCUAAAACUUGAUAAUAAAGCAUUAACACCAUUUACUGAAAAUCUAUCCAAAAAGCUAUUUCAGAAUAGAAAGUUUUGUCUAAGAAACCCUAGAAAGCUUUCUAUAUGUAAAUCUCAAUUAUCUACUGAAAAUAGAUCUUUAAAUUCUGAACCAGCAAAUGGCACUAGCCAAGAACAAGUAAAUAAAGAAAUAGAGUUAAACAUUUUCAACAAUUCGGAAUUCAAUAAUUCAUUAAAAAUUAUUGAAGAACCUUUGAGCAACAAUGAUGUUACAAUCCCACAUUUUCAACAAAGACAACCAGAAUUAUUGAGACCAGUAAUCAGACAAUUAAAUAAUGCAUGGCUAAAUAGAGCUGCUGGUAUUGUAGUUGAAGGUAAUCAACAUUCUGUUGAACCUGAAAGAUUUGGAAUAGGCAAUAUCAAGAUUUUAGAUAGCAAAGAAAAACCUCAUGAUUAUGUGGAAAACAGUGAAUCAGAAGAUGAUAUUGUCAAUGAUAAGUUGAAACCUGCCUUAAAAAAGAGAAAAUUAGAAAUUGUUAAAAUUGAAGAAAAUCUCAAACAAUGCUAUGGAUCUAAAGAUAAACAAGUUCAGCAAUACCAAUCUGAGAAAUCAUAUAGCACACAAAUUAAAGAUCCUGAAAAGAAGAAUAUAGGUGGUGGAAAAUCCCUUUGUUAUCAACUCCCAGCUUAUCUCUACAGUCGACAUCACAAAUGUAUAACAUUGGUAAUUUCUCCUUUAGUUUCACUAAUGGAGGAUCAAGUGUUGAAUGUUCCAGAAUUCAUUAAGGCUGGAUGCUAUCACACAAAUCAAUCUCAGACGCAGCGUGGUAAAAUCCUACAGUGUCUAAAGGAUGGAUUAUUAGAUAUCCUUCUUAUAUCUCCUGAAGCAUUGAUAGCUGGCGAUACAUCAAGUGGAAUAUCAGGUCUCUUUAAGUCACUGCCUCCAAUUGCCUUUGCUUGUAUAGAUGAAGCUCAUUGUGUGUCACAGUGGAGCCACAAUUUCAGACCUAGUUAUCUAAUGAUCUGUCGGGUAUUAAGAGAAAAACUGAAGGUAAACUGUAUUCUUGGAUUAACCGCUACUGCAAGUCAGGCAACUAUUAAAAGUGUAAUCAGCCAUAUUAAUAUACCUGAUGGUGUUGAUGGAGUGAUAAAGAAUCCAGCACUACCAGAUAAUCUUUGUUUAUCAGUUUCAAUUGAAAAAGAUAAAGACAAAGCUCUUGUAUCAUACUUGUUGUCAGAACAAAUAAUAGAAUUUAAUUCUAUUAUAGUAUAUUGUAUAAGAAGAGAUGAAUGUGAAAGAGUUGCUGCUGUACUUAGGUCAUGCUUACAAGAAACCGGUAAAGUUAACAUGGAGAGCCAGAAAAAUAAAAGAAAAAGAAUGUCUUACAUUGCUGAAGCUUAUCAUGCUGGCAUGUCAGCUGCACAGAGAAAAAAAAUACAAAAGCAUUUUAUGGAUGGCACAGUUAGAAUAAUAGUUGCAACUGUUGCUUUUGGUAUGGGCAUUAACAAAUCAGAUAUAAGGUGUAUUAUACAUUAUAAUAUGCCUAGCAGUUUUGAAUCAUAUGUGCAAGAAGUUGGAAGAGCUGGCCGGGAUGGUCAGCUUGCAUACUGCCAUAUAAUUUUAAGUAAUGGCAGUAGUGAUAAGAAUGAAUUAUUAAAACAUAUUCAUGCCAACUCUAUUGAUAGACCAACUGUAAGAAAAUUACUGUCCAAACUGUUUAUACCCUGUGAAUGUGUUAAACUUUGUACAGAUUUAUCUAAUAGUUGUUGCAAGGGUCAUGAAGUGGGAAUCCCUAUAGAUGCAACUGUAGAGGAAUUAGAUUUGCCGUCUGAAAAUAUUGCAACCCUUUUAUGUUAUAUUGAACUUCAUCCUAAACAGUAUAUAAAAUUUCUUAAUAAUGCUUACAUAAAUUGUAAAAUUUCCUCAUAUGGAGGCCCUAAAAAAAUUCAUGAUGCAGCAAAGUCCUGUAGACCAUUAGCAAUGGCACUUUUAUUAGAAAACAAAAGAAAUGCUGGAAUUAUGAAUAGCAGUAUUAUAGAAUUCAAUGUCAUUGAAGUAGCUGCCGCUAUUGGAUGGGAAAGUGGCGUAACUAAGUACCAAUUGAAAAAUUUAGAAUGGAACACAGAAUCGGGGAUCCCUCAAAGAUCACAUUUAAAAGUUGAAUUUAAUACACUUGGUUUCCGUAUUAGAGCCAGGGGAGACCUGAGUCCUACCGAAUUGGACGAAAUGUUGGAUGAUUUGCAUAAUUCUGUGAUUUCGCAAGAGAAGGCACGAUUAUAUCAGCUAGAAGAGUGUAAUACAGCCUUUCAUAAUAUAGGAACAGAUUCUUUGGAAAAAAUGAAAUUAUCGAAAGACUCUCUGUUCAAAGUUUCUGACGAUUUAAAAUUAUAUGUAAGAAAUUAUUUCGAAAGAGAUAAUUUUCCCACUGAUAUGACAUUGGAAGAACGGCCCUUGGAUAUAGAUAGAGCUGUAUCGGACAUCCGAUCUAUAAUAAAUAUAUAUAAAGACUGUAAUUUUACUGGUAGAAGUAUUGCAAGAAUUUUUCAAGGUAUUUCUUCUCCAAAUUAUCCCGCUAUCGUUUGGGGUAGAUGUAAGUUUUGGAGGUCACAUUUAAAUGAAGAUUUCAAUGGUUUAAUUAGAUUAGCUACUCAACAAAUAAUUCAAAUGAAAAUGUAAUUGAUUCUUCUCCUUCUUUAUAAUUGAUUUCUUUCAAUUAUUAAUACGGUGUGUUAUUGUUUUCAAAUAUAUAAUGAUUUCUAAGUUGUAGUGACACCGAUAAUAUCUAUUAAGUUGUAGUGGUGUGGUGCCAUCUACAUUUUCUGUCUCGAAAGAAUUAUGAUCUUGAGUAACUAUCGUUUUGUAUUGCCAAUGAAAAGAUAAUACUGAGCUUAUUUUUUCUGCUAACUUAAGUAUUUAACAUCACAUUUAAUAUAAUGUACUAAAAUAAUAAUUUUUAAUGUAAGUUUUGAAUAAAUAGUGUCAAAUCUAUUUUUACUUGUUUUAUUAGUUCCCUAUCAAUAAUUUCCAGCAAAAACAAUACCUGGUACCAAUGAACUAUAGGUACUUAUUAAUAGU